AUCCGCGAUUAUUUUUCGGACAGACAAUAGUGGCCAAGAUGCGUCUGAUAUUGUGUCUACUUCUGUUUGUGCUGCUGACUUUUGUCGGGUUAAGCCCAGUAGAUGCGGCCGUCACCUUAACAGUGGAUGGUCUAGCGGCUACCAUCAGAAACGACUAUGUUGAGCUGAACUUCAAAGCAGAUGCGACCAUUUCUACAGUGAAUGUUCAGGGCACCAACUUGGCAGCCAGUGGAGUUAAGAGCUUUUAUCUGGAUUGGAACGAUAAUGGAGAAGGAGUAUUCAACCCAUCCAGCAUCCACAUCGUCGAACAGACCAGCAGUCGGGUGCAUUUCUAUUGGCUGCAAGAAAACAUUGAGAACGUUUUCACCAUCGAGCUUCACUACGUGAUGGAGGAGGAUAUCAGCGGCAUCUACUCCUACGCCAAGUACACCAACGACAAAAGCUACGCAGUCACCUUGGGGGAGACCAGAAUGGUGUAUCGCUUCCAAGCUUCCAUCCUCACCCAAGGCACCAACCAGGUGCGCUCUGGCACUACCCCCACUACUGUAGACUUGAACCAAUGCACUACCGUCCAGGACUCCACCUGGCAAUUCCCCAACGGCACUUAUUACAGCAAAUACGACUACGCAGCGUACAUCAGGCAGAUCAACUACCAGGGGGUUUACGGCAAUGGAUUUGGAGCCUUCGUGGUCUCACCCAGCAGGGAAUACCAUGGUGGUGGACCAUUGAAGCAAGACUUGACUGUCCACCAAGAGUGUCUGGUGGCCAACUAUUUCCUCAGCGGCCACUUCGGGACUCCCGGCCUGAGCGCCAGUCCGGGCUGGACUCACAUCUAUGGCCCCUUCCUGCUUUACUUCCCGACUGGAGACGACGGAAGCAUCAUUUCAGCUGUGCAAAACCAGGUGGCAUCUGAGCAAAGCAAAUGGCCCUAUUCCUUUGUGAACGACGCCGAAUAUCCCACCUCCAGGGGCAAAGUCAGUGGAAACGUUUCCGGGCAGAAGAGCGCAACAGUGGUGCUGUGGGACUCAACAGGCGAAGAGUUUGCUUUGCAGGAACUGGGGUACUUGUAUUCCACCCAAACUGACUCCACUGGCUACUAUGCGUUUGACAAAGUGCGUCCUGGCAACUACAGAAUUGCCGCUUACCCUACAGCCGGAUUGGGGAGCGAUAGUCUGGAUGAAUCAACAGUUACUGUAGAGGCGGGCGCCACGCAACAUGUGGGCUUCACUUUGGCUGAACCUGAUAACAUUUUGUGGUCUUUGGGCGAAGCCAACCGGCUUUCCAGCGAGUUUAAGUACUCAGAUCAACCGCGCAACUACCAAUGGGAGUGGGUGCCGCCCGCUGAGAACACUUUUACAAUCGGAUCAAGCGACCCGAGGGAAGACUGGUACUACGCGCAAUCUCAGACUGGAUCGUGGUACAUCAAGUACCAAGACACCGCUGACGGUUCCGCAAGAACCUUACGAGUGGCCAUAGCAGCAUCCAGUAAAUCCCAUCUUCAAGUCAUCGUGAAUGGCCACCGUGUAGGAGACACUUACUUCGACAAUGAUCAGUCCAUCUACAGGAGUGCCAUGCAGAGUGGCCGCUACACUUCCAAUGUUUAUACCGUCAGUUCUGCCCAAGUGGUGAGCGGAGAGAAUACCAUUGAGUUCCACAUCAGUAUUGGACAGGUCAUGUACGAUACCAUCAGCAUGCAACGCAGUUAGAUUGUUUUUGCAUUGUUAAAUACAAAUUUGUCCUGGA